CCCUUUUCUUAUCUUUGUCCUAUAUGUUUCUCUCAUGGCGGCGGCAAUAUAUUGUUGGGUGUGUAAGAAGAGUACGGAGGUCCGGUUUGACAGUUCCGCCGGAGACACCGUGUGCGACCAAUGCGGUUUGUUAUUAGAGUCCCGCAGCAUCGACGACGAGAAGUAUCAAGGGAGGCCGUUUAUUGAACGUUCCGGUAACGGCGGCAGCGGCGGCGGAGGCGGCGGUGGUUCCGAUCGUGUUGAUCGGGCGUUUGCGACAAUCGCCGCCAUGUCUUCUAGGCUGAAUCUCGAUGACAAAAUUUCGAAUCGGGCAAAAGGGUUGUAUAAGAAAUUGCUUGAACAGAAGCUUUGUAAAGGGAGGAAUCAAGAUGCUUUAAUGGCUGCUUGCCUGUACAUUUCUUGUAGGCUGGAGAAAUCUCCCCGGACAUACAGAGAAAUCUCCCCUGUUGCAAACGGCGCAACAGAUACCCAAAUUGGGAACCAAGAGCAAUACAUUGUGCAACAAUUUGGGAUCGAUUUGGGUCAGAUUCGGGCCACGGAUUUCAUCCGGCGAUUCUGUUCGACAAUCGGGUUGGAAAAUCAUGCCAUUAACGCCGCCACGGAAGCAGCUGAGAAAACAGAGCAAUUUGACAUCAGGAGGAGCCCUCCAUCGAUUGCAGCAGCUCUGGGUUAUUUAGUCAGUCAGCUUUCAGAUGAUACUGAUAAUAAGCAGAAGAAGCCACUUCUUGAAGAUGUUGCAGUUAUAACCAAAGUUUCAGAAAGGACAAUUAGAAAUUGUUGUAAUGAUCUUGUUCCUCACCUUUCAAACAUGAUUCCGAGUUGGUAUGCCAAGGAAAAUAGGAUACUAAAAUUUUGUGCAGCUCUUGAUUUGUAG